GCGGGACGACGGACGCCACUUCCGCUUCCGCCGGGGAGGAGCCGGGCCGCAGUCAUGAGUCGCUUCAAGUUUGUGGAUAUUGGUAUCAACUUGACAGAUCCUAUGUUCAGAGGAAUUUAUAGAGGAGUUCAGAAGCAUCAAGACGACUUACAAGAUGUAAUAGAAAGAGCUGUCCAGAUUGGUGUUAAAAAGUUUAUGAUCACAGGUGGAAAUCUGCAGGACAGUAAAGAGGCACUGCAUUUGGCACAAACAAAUGAUAUGUUUUUCAGUACAGUUGGAUGUCAUCCUACAAGAUGUGAUGAAUUUGAAAAGAAUGACCCUGAUCUUUACCUAAUGGAGUUGUUAAAUCUCGCUGAAAACAAUAAGGGGAAAGUUGUAGCAAUAGGGGAGUGUGGACUUGAUUUUGACCGACUACAGUUCUGUCCCAGAGAUACUCAGCUCAAAUAUUUUGAAAAACAGUUUGAACUGGCAGAACAAACAAAAUUACCAAUGUUUCUUCACUGUCGGAACUCACAUGCUGAAUUUUUGGACAUAAUGAAAAGAAACAGAGAUCGGUGUGUAGGUGGAGUGGUGCAUUCGUUUGAUGGUACCAAGGAAGCAGCAGCUGCCUUGAUGGACUUGGAUCUCUAUAUAGGAUUUAAUGGUUGCUCACUGAAAACUGAGGCUAAUUUGGAAGUUUUGAAAUCAAUACCUAGUGAAAAAUUAAUGAUUGAAACUGAACAUUAAAGUCAACUACCAAAUGCCACUUACAGAAUGAACUCAAGGGACUAAAGUUGGGUGAAAUUCAAAUGAAGUUCAGCUCAAAGGCCACCAUUUUGAAAGGAUUUGGAAGGAUUUGCACUAAGUUGCUCUGUCUCUGCCCCUCUUCAUACCAUUUCAACCUCUCAGCUCAAUAAAAGUGGUUUUAUUACAGCAGUAAGAACUUCAUGUGAUUUUGGUCAUUUGUCAUGUUGUAGGAAAGGCAGAAAAGAUUCUCAUACUGCUUCCUGGCUGAUGGUUAUAAAAAUGCACUCUUAGCAGGAGACCUUUUUAAUGGUAUCUGUAUUUUAAAUGAAUUGACAACCUGAAUAAACCUAAGAAGUAACACAUUUCUUUGAGCCCCUGAACAAAAGGGCAAGGUAUAGAAAGGAUUUCCUUUUUCUACCCCAAAAGGAGAAAAAAAAAAAAAUUCAGAAUUAGUUUUUGAUUAUAAUACAUGUAGCAUGUGAAAAGAAGGGCUUUUUACCCAUCUAACUGUUAAGGAGCUAUAGAGCAUGUAACUUACAGGUUAACUUUAUAUCAUUUUAAUGGGCACAUCCAGUUUUUGUUUGCGUAAGCUGAUAAUUUAAAUCUAGACUGUAUCAAUCAAGUAUGGUUUACCAGUUCAGGCAAUUGAACUGUUAAUUUUAGGUUGUAAUAAUUCCUUUCAUAUACAUUUUUUAAGUAGCUUUUAACAGGUAAGUGUAUCAGAUAAGAUCUAAAAUGCAGCAAGCAGAAAAGUGAAAAAUUAUUCUACAAAAAUAAUACUGGAAAGAUUUUCCUUUGUUAACAUUCUGUUGUUGGCAAGGAUGGUUUUAAAACCCAUAGGCUGAGGAGUACAUUUAAAUCCUGGCUAGUAAAGAAUCACUUGUAACUUUUAUAAAAUGCAGCUACCUGCAGAUUGUCAGAAGACAAUUAUUUCUGAAUCUUUCAGAGAUUUAAAGAGACACUAGAGACAACAAACUGGUAUUUUCCCAGCAGCCAGCUUAGAGGAAGUAUUGGCCAACGGGGAUCCAAGUCAGUUUUCUAUACUGCCUUAAUGUUAAAUACAGUAUAGCUCUGGACCUAGGUUACACAUCCGUAAAACAAAAUUCUGUGGGGUCUUCCAAGUGCAGACUGCUAAGAAGCAAGAAAGCUUGAGUCUCAGCUGCAACUAUGAAUACCAGUUGAGGAGGCUGAGCUUGGGAAAGCCAGCAUUUACAAAGUUUUAAACCACAUCUCAAAAACACACAUGCCUCUAGUCUAACGCUAAUUACUAAUUAAUUCCUACUUAAAAAGUCAUUUUUAUCAAUCCCAUCUAUUAACAGUUUUAUAUUUUAAUUAUUUUUAUAGAGAUCUUUUCUCCCUUUUAGAUUAUAAAUUCCAUGAAACACAUUUUGAAGCUCUUGUAUGUCAGGAAGGUGUAAGUUACUGAGGUUACAUAGAAGAAUCAAAGUCCCUGCCCGCAUCCACCCAGCAGAUGACGAGAUACAUUCUGCCAGGCACUUUGGAUAAGACAUUGAAGGUAUCAGACAGGAAUCCUUGCCCUCCUGAAGCAAAGAAGCAGAAAGUAUAAUCCAAGAUGUUAGUUCUGUUAUAGAGGUAUGAAUAUACGACUAGGAGCACAGGACAUAGUCACUGCCUGCCUUGUGGGGAAGUAGCUUAACUAAGGUGACAUUUCAGCUGGUCACAAAGUGCAACUGGGAGUUAGGCCAGACCAGGACGGACGCCUUGAGCAAAGGCAGGCUGCAGAAGGGCUUGGCUGCUCAGAGGGGAAACAAUGAGUUUACUGUGACAAAAAGUAGGAUGCACGGGUAAGUAAUAAGUCUGGGAAGACUGGUGAGGGCUCCUGUAUGCCAACCUUAGUAGUUUAGAUUUCACCAGGACCCAAAGGAUUUUCAGCAGGAAAAUGGCAGUUGUUUUUAAAAAGCUGUUAACAUAUCAGCACAGAGAAAGGACUGAAAAAGGAGAUGGGUGGCAGGAACCUUACUGAUUUCACACAUUAUGCAGGUAAGUUCUAAUUCUGAGUAGUUAACAGAGGAAAGUUCUGUGGUUUACUAAGAAAAUUGGGUCCUUAAUGUCAAUUUAAAUGUUAACAGAUUUGCUUUUAGCAUACUUUGAUCUAGAUAAUAAAAAUUUAGUCUGUAUUAAGCGAAGCUUUUGUGUUACGAUUAUGUACUUAAAAAAUCCCAGUAAGUCUCUAAUCUCUGUCCCUAAUUCCUUUAGUUGCUUAUAUUUAAGAAACCCAUAGCAGGGACAAAAAACUUAACACAAAGAAUAUUUAAAUGUUUAAUUUGGACUUGAGAACUUUCUAAUUCAUGUAUAAAAACAUUACAUAUAGUACGGCUAGAGAACACUCAUGAUGAUGAUUAUUCUAGGCAGAGAAACUGAAAGAUCUGCCACCCAGGCUGUUCUUGAUCGUGCAGGGAAAAAGUACAGAGGAGAAAGCACGUCUCCUCCCCCCUCCCCCAAUAACCAUGCAUUAUUCCAAGUAAAUAACUUGUAACUUCCUUUGCGGUCACCGUGCUAAUGAUGAUGCAGCAACUUCCUGCUGUCCUUUGAGACUAAUUCUCUUAGCAGAGGUGCUCAAACUUUGCUGUACCCACAAUGCCACCCACCUUGCGACUCAGCACACAUGUACGUAUAAAACCAAACAAAAAUGAAACAGUACUUCCCUUAUUAAGUGCAAUGUACUUUUCCUUUUCUUACAAUUUUCUGAAAAUUCAUCAUGACCCACUAAUGAAUGCAUAAUGACUUACGGUUUAAAAGAACUCGUCGUCUUCACUGGGUUAGUUCCAUUAAUUUGUGGUAGACCUAAUAUGGGCUGGUUUUAGAAUUUAUUUGAACCUGGUCCUUGUCUCAACUUACCCUAUUUUAAAUAUGGCAGCAGUUAAGCCUUUCUGUUGAAAACUUUAUAGCUGGUUAAAGCUUAUUAUGUUAAAGGUGCUCGUACAAGAGCUUCCUUUGCAUGGAUGAAGAGAAAACCUUUAAAACUGAGCAGGUACUUGGAAAUAACCAUCCAUUUUUGUUUUCUCUUUUAGUCAAAUACUGGAGAUAAUGUCAGCAGUGAGAGAGCAGGAUCCACUGGAAUUAGCCAAUACACUAUAUAACAACACCAUUAAAAUCUUUUUUCCUGACAUGUAAUUAGUAUGUCCUUUCCAUUUUCCAUCAUGUAUGUAAAAUUUCAUGGUAAACCUUACUAAAGGGCUGAAUAAACAAAUGCUCUGGAA